UUGGCGGGAUCAAAGAUGGCGGUGAUACGUAGUGAGAAUACGCGAUCGAAUUUUUUCGUGGCUUGGUGCACAAUUUUUGGUGUUUUCUCAAAAAGUUUUGUGAAGUGUUGUUACUAUUUAAUGAUUCUUUUAUUACUAUAUCCGGACAGAUGGUUAUUGGGAAGCAAUAACGUGAAAUAUGAGGCUAAAACUCGCGGCUCGACGCGAACAAGGGUGGAAAACGAGGGAGGGGGAAUGAGAGAAAGAGAGAUGAAAAAAAAAGGGUUCGUUGAAGCCGGUCGAGCAGCGAGGAAUGAAACCACUCUUGAUUUUAAUGGUAGACGAACUUUGCCGCUCGCCAAGUUUGAAGUUCCAGGCAGUGCGGUGGCUGCAGCCGACACCAUUUCCGCGCCGUGGACUCCCACGAGUUCCGGGCCGCCGCCCGACGCGAACGGCUCCGGCUCGGAUACCAAGAACCUCGACGUUGGCGAAAUUAGCGAUGACGAGAAGGACCUAUCGGCAGCGGACGCGGAAGGUGUAUGGUCGCCGGAUAUCGAGCAGAGCUUCCAAGAAGCUCUCACUAUAUAUCCGCCAUGCGGCCGACGCAAAAUCAUCCUGUCCGACGAAGGGAAGAUGUACGGUCGGAACGAGCUGAUUGCCCGUUAUAUCAAACUGAGAACAGGCAAGACGAGAACGCGAAAGCAGGUCUCUUCGCACAUACAAGUGCUUGCUAGGCGAAAACUUCGCGAGAUCCAAGCGAAACUCAAAGUGCAAUUCUGGCAACCGGGUUUGCAGCCAGGAACGUCCCAGGAUGUCAAACCGUUUUCGCAGCCGGCGUACACCGGAAAACCAGCGACAGCGGUUUCAAGCGGUGACAUGGUCCAGGCUCAACCACCCCCGCCCUGGGAAGGACGUGCCAUCGCAACUCACAAGCUCAGGCUUGUCGAGUUCUCGGCCUACAUGGAGCACCAGAGAGAUCAGGAUAUUUAUCACAAGCACCUGUUCGUCCACAUAGGAGGGUCCGCGACUUAUGCAGAUCCAUUGCUAGAGGCUGUUGAUGUCAGGCAGAUAUACGAUAAAUUCCCAGAAAAAAAGGGCGGCCUGAAGGAACUUUACGACAAGGGACCACAGGUAGCUUUUUUCCUCGUUAAAUUUUGGGCUGAUCUCAAUACGAACAUUCAGGACGAAGCUGGAGCUUUUUACGGCGUAACAAGCCAGUACGAGAGCAACGAGAACAUGACGAUAACAUGUUCGACCAAAGUCUGCUCCUUCGGGAAACAAGUGGUGGAAAAAGUGGAGACAGAAUACGCUAGGUUCGAAAAUGGCAGGUUCGUCUAUCGUAUUAGUCGUUCGCCUAUGUGCGAAUAUAUGAUCAACUUCAUACAUAAAUUGAAGCACCUGCCAGAAAAGUACAUGAUGAACAGCGUUCUCGAGAAUUUCACUAUUCUUCAGGUUGUAACGAACAGGGAUACGCAGGAAACAUUGUUAUGUACAGCAUACGUGUUUGAAGUGUCGACGUCCGAGCACGGUGCACAACAUCACAUAUACAGAUUGAUCAAGGACUAGCCUGCUUGAACCUGCUCGCCAUGCAGCCAUCCACCCCCCAUCAGUGCCUACCAUCACAUAAAAAAAAAAUCAUCCAUACGCGCAUAUACACAUCUACACACAAAAAUGUUAACCCUUUGAAGCAUUAUAAUUAUAUCAUUGUGAUAUCACAUUUUUAUAUUAUUUUGUAGAUUCUUCUUAUCCUUAAUCAAGGACAUAAAUAUAGUAUUUACAUGUAGAAUAAAUAUGAUAUUUAUAUCACAUAUUAAAUGAUUAACAAAAUUUGAUUUUAAUUGAUUUGUAUAUGAAAUAUGUAAAUGUAAAUUUCUAUAAUUUAAUUUUCUCUUUCCUUUUUUUUCUUUUUUUAAUCGAUUUUAAACGAUUAAUAAUCUUGAAUAUCUUUUUUGAACGCUUCAUGGGGUUAAGCGUUAAUACAUAAUUGUAAACACGCUAUCUACUAUACAUAGAUACAUUUUGCAUCUAUGUGUAAUAAAGGUUCCAUUGAAAAUGUUCUGUUAUUAAAAGAAAAAAAGGAAAAAAUAAUACAUAAAGUCAUGUGUUUUUACAUUCAAUGUUUAUUUUAAUGAUAGAAAAUAUUUGACUAUUGAGAGAUUUGAUUAUUAUAUAAAUAUAUUUUUAUUUACAAAUUUGAGAUUUAUACGUGAUUUUUAAUUGAAUUAUAAUUUUUAAUUAUAAUUUGUCUUCUUUUGUUCUGUAUUUUCGAACAUUUUCUGUGAAACUCCUUAAAGAGAAUUUGGAACACAAAUACGUGAAUACAUUAUACACACAUACAUACACAAACAUAUGUACACCUUUACACAUUAGAAGUACUGGCCAGCCCGAGCUUGAGUUUGAUUCAAAACUGAGAAAAGUUGUAAUAAAAAAAAAAAUAAUUGGUACGCGUGUUUUAACGUAUCAUGGAAAGAAUUUCCUGCUUAUGGUUUCUGCAGGAAGCGCAUUCCAGAUGACGAAAUUGUAAAUUUUAUAUUGAGAAACAGAUAUAAUCGUAUAUAUAUUUUAUGAAUAUUCCGUCAUUUGCUUGCAAACGAUCGAAUUCGUCGGGGUUUUAAUAAAAGAGAUAUAAUAAAAGUUAAGUUAAAAUUGACGACAAUAAAUUUGGAAAAAAAAUGAGUGUCGGAGAUAUAGUGUAUGUACCAAACGAAGAAGAAUAAAAAUAUAUAUAUAUAAAAACAUAAAAAAAAAAUGUAAAAUGAGAAACAGACUCUGAUCUCGGAAAGGCGUGGUACCAACAUAAUUUAGUAUUAUAGUUUUAUUAUUAAAUUAGGAAAUAGAUCAGACAAGACAUCCACACACAGAUAUACAUAUAUUACAUAUAAGAAUAUAUAUGUUAAAUAUUAAUGCAAUGAUUACGAUUUACAUUGUUAUAAAUGAUCGUGUAUAAAGUUAUCUAAGUGAUUUCUAAGUUUUAAACGAAAUGGAAGUUGAAUAGAGAGGUAAUGCCAUUAUGA